AGUGCACACUCACGCCCAUUCCGAUGAAUGCCUUCUUCUUGGAACCGCCUUCGGGAGAGUCGCUCUCGACGCGCAAGACAAAGUACCUCGACGAGUCAAGGACAGGCUCUACAGACUGGCCCGUCAAGUCGUAAGGGCACAGCGCGAACAGCUCCCCUUCGCAGCGUAGAGUGAUGUUCAAAUCCUUGUCCUCCAGUCGAAUCUCGCACUUGUCCGCUUCGCCCUUCUCAAUGAUCCUCAGCCUCCCCUUCCAAAGAAAUGCCUCCAUGUCGCCCCACUCUGCCGCCUUGUAGCCUGCCGUGGACUUGCGCGGCGGGAUCCGAUAGACGUAGCAUUCCCGAGCAACGUACAGAACAGACUCGUAGGCGUCGUCCAUGCUGUCUCCCUAGUGAUGGUGUUGGCAGGGCUGAGGUUGUUCGAGAGUGCGCGGUGAGUGGAGUUGGCGCGAAUGCACACACACACACGUGUGCGGUGUCAAGACGCGAUCUCAAGGCUAAAGUGGCCGACGCCCAAGCCUAAUUCAGUGUUGGUCACAAGAAGGAGAACGGCCAUGUCACUGCCUUCACCGCCCCGCGAUCGGCCGUACAACAAGAGACAGCAUUCAAGAGCAGCCGAUCAUCUAUUCGAAGACGAUCUGCGAUGGUGGAGUGACGAGCGCUCCGUCGAGCGGGAGAAUCAAAGCAGGACAGAAGAGCUCUCAUCAUCAUCGAGGUCAACGUUGCGGGAGAGCCAAAAGCUGCCGAAGUCUACCUCGAGUCGGACGAUUGGCUGGCCAGAUCAUGACGCUCGAGGAAUCGAGCCAUACGACUUACCACUACAACGGCGCAAAAAGACUCGCUUUGCUCUGCCAGAAGAGAUCAUCUUGCAAGGGGAAGGGACUGCACAUCCUCGUCACGCCGUCGGACAUCGAACAGCAUCUGACGCUCGUCGUGACUUGGAACCGAGGAACGAAUCAAGUCGGAGAGAAGGAUCGUCGAGCCACAAGUACAAAGGUGCCUCGCCGAUAGUGUUGAGCUGCGCCCGUUGCCGUAGGAUCUUGGGAGACUCGAUCGGUAGCUCAGGAGGCGGGAGAGACGGAGUAGAGGGAAGAGACGAUGAAGCCCAGAUCCGACAUGACCUUGGCUUUGUCGUCUUGACACGGAUCACACCAAUCGUGCAAAUCAACCCAGAUCUGCAGAUGGUUGUGGAGGAGCAUCGUCCGGACGUCGGAAGCACCUUCGUUGCCCUCUUUUGCGCCUGCGGAUCCAGGGUUGGGAGAAAGUACUGGACGACCCCAAAGAACCUCGAUUCGGUGAGGGAUCGGUAUGCGUUGUCGAUCGGUCAGGUUUCCGUCUAUCAGCUUGGAAUAGCGGAUUCUGCGGAAAGAGAACGACCCAGAGGAGCGUGGAAAGAUGCUGCCGAAGCUUCGUUUGUGCAACCCCAGGCUUCGAGAGGUGUACACGCCAGCCCGAGUCAACAGCAGCAGCGUGAGAACAAACACCGUCCGAUGACAUCUAUCGUGAUGCAACAAGGCCAUGUUCCACCGCAUAUGACGGCGCGAGAUCCCCAUGAUGUGCCAGAAAGGCAUAGGGUAGACUUUGAACUCGAUGAGCUCAUCGACGAGCUUGAGCGAAGCAGCGAUGACAACAAUGAUCAAGACCGACGAGGUGAAGGGUACAUGUGCCGACCGUUUAAGGUUGCAGCACCGCAAGUGAGAUCGAACGCAUCGGGCAACAACAACGUCAAGAAAGAAGCUCCUCGAUCACCUUCACGAGUUAGAGACAGAAACUUUCCGUCCCCAUCCUUGCGUCGCAGCGAGAAGGAUCACAAUGUAUCAACCCCGACCAUUCGCAAAGUCAAGAGGGAGCACUCGCUUAGCCCCAUCAGGUUCAGAGGGUACAGCUCAGACGACGGAUCGUCAGGUCGAGAAACAAGCAAGAAAGGCCGGGAGAAUCCAAAGGUUCGACGGCUUGGUUCGCUGAAAGACAUGUAUGACUAGGUUACUCGAACUUUCGAAGUUUCGAGGGCUACAAGAUAAUCGUAUCUGCUGUAUUCUAACCAGCUUUUAAAAAGGA